GAGAGAUGUACCUUGGUGGGCAAGAGCAUUUCUAUCUGGAAACUCACUGUACUGUGGCUGUGCCAAAGGGGGAAGAUGGUGAGAUGGAACUCUUUGUGUCGACCCAAAACCUAAUGAAGACACAGGAAUUUGCUGCUAAUGCAUUGGGAGUCCCUUCAAAUCGUGUUGUGGUUCGAGUGAAAAGAAUGGGAGGAGGAUUUGGAGGAAAGGAGACUAGGAAUACUAUUUUGACAACUGUGGUGGCUGUCGCAGCCUUCAAAACUGGCUGCCCAGUAAGAUGCAUGCUGGAUCGAGAUGAGGACAUGCUGAUAAGUGGUGGGAGACAUCCCUUCCUGGGGAGGUACAAGGUUGGUUUCAUGAAGAAUGGGAAAGUCAAGAGUCUGGAGGUGUCAUACUACAGCAAUGGGGGCAACUCUGUAGACCUCUCUUACGGUGUUUUAGACAGAGCCCUGUUACAUUUGGAUAACUCCUACAACAUCCCCAAUGUCAGCAGCGUGGGCAUUGUUUGCAAGACCAACUUGCCUUCCAACACAGCCUUCCGUGGCUUUGGAGGGCCCCAAGGAAUGAUGAUUGCUGAGUGCUGGAUGAGCGACCUUGCUCGGAAGUGUGGCCUGCCACCUGAGGAGGUGCGGAAGCUCAAUCUUUAUCAUGAAGGAGAUCUGACUCAUUUUAACCAAAAGCUGGAGGGAUUUACUCUACGAAGAUGCUGGGAUGAAUGUUUGUCAAGCUCUAGCUAUCAUGCCAGGAAGAAACUAAUUGAAGAAUUCAACAAGCAGAAUCGCUGGAAGAAGAGAGGCAUGUGCAUCAUUCCUACCAAAUUUGGCAUCAGUUUCACCAUUCCAUUUCUGAACCAGGCUGGAGCUCUGCUCCAUGUAUAUACAGAUGGCUCUGUGUUACUUACACAUGGUGGGACUGAGAUGGGUCAAGGACUUCAUACCAAAAUGAUUCAGGUUGCUAGCAGGUCACUGGGAAUCCCCACCUCCAAAAUUCACAUCAGUGAGACCAGCACAAACACUGUCCCAAAUACCUCCCCGACAGCUGCGUCUGUCAGUGCAGACAUCAAUGGAAUGGCCGUCCAUAAUGCAUGUCAGACUAUCUUAAAAAGACUUGAGCCGAUCAAACAGUCUAAUCCCAAAGGAUCCUGGGAAGACUGGAUUAAAGCUGCCUAUGAGAACUGUGUUAGCCUGUCGGCCACAGGAUUUUACAGAAUCCCUGACCUUGGCUACGACUUUGAAAAGAAUGAAGGGAAACCAUUCUGCUACUUCAGUUACGGCGUUGCUUGCUCUGAGGUUGAGAUAGAUUGCCUGACAGGUGACCACAAGAACAUUCGCACAGACAUCGUAAUGGAUGUUGGUACCAGCCUGAACCCAGCCAUAGAUAUAGGACAGAUAGAAGGGGCAUUUGUCCAAGGCCUUGGGCUUUUCACCAUGGAGGAACUGCGCUAUUCUCCUGAAGGGAACUUGUACACUCGAGGGCCUGGGAUGUACAAAAUCCCAGCGUUUGGAGACAUCCCAACAGAAUUCUAUGUCUCACUUCUCCGUGACUGUCCAAACAGCAAGGCGGUUUAUUCAUCCAAGGCUGUGGGAGAGCCACCUCUGUUCCUGUCUGCCUCAGUGUUUUAUGCCAUUAAAGAUGCCAUCUACUCAGCAAGGAAGGACUCUGGUCUGACGGAACCAUUCAGGCUGGACAGCCCUGCCACGCCAGAGAGGAUCCGCAAUUCUUGUGUGGACAUCUUCACCAAAAUGUGCCCUUCUGCCGAGCCAGGGACCUUUAAGCCAUGGUCUGUGCGUGUGUAAAAGGGAAGUCUGAGGAGCAAACCCUCCUCGUGAAACUGAGCUUACACCAGAAUGACCACAAGGCAGUAGGACUAUAAUGGAAAAAAAAUAAUCUAUGUUCAUGUGGCUCAUCCACUGAUUCAUGGAGCUUUCACACUUAAUUGUCCAAUCAUUGUUUUCUCCAGGAGAGGGAAUUGCUGCCAGAUUAUAGCUGUGAUGUAAAUUUAAAUGAAGAGUAAGUGGAAGGUGAUGUUAUCCAGGUAUAAUUGAAAAAUCUUACAGGUUUCAUUUAAAAUUGCUGCAAGGAUGGG